GUUUCUUUGUUGGAUUAAAUUUUAUCUGCUAUCGAUUUCUUUAGUUUGGUACAUGAGUAAAAAAUGGUAGAGAAGGAAAAAAUAUCUUCAAAUGAAUUCUCGUGUACUAAGCUGAUAACCAGAUCUAUUAAGAUGAUAUUUUGAUUUUUCGGCUCUGUAAUAGUGAUUUUUCAGGUCAAUAUGAUUAAGGAUUAAUACAGAUUUGGUCCUCUUUGUUCUUUGCAAUCCUUUAAAUAGUUGAAGCGUUUGGUAUAAUCAGUGUGAUUUGCACAACGGAUAUAGUAACUUCUGCGGAAAUUGAUUGAUUGGAGAUGCCUCGGGACUUGUCAAGAUCACGAUCUCCCUCGCUUUCUUACCGGCGUAGACAUUCGCCCUCUCUUGUAGGGCAUAGAUAUGGGAGGAUCAGUCGAAGGGAUAGAAGCCGGUCACCAUAUUCAUCUUAUUCUUAUACCAGAAGGAAGAAUCAUUUUGUUAGUCCACGCCGCCGCAAAAGUCGUUCUCCAAUUGCAAGACGUCAUAAAAGCCGUUCUCCAACUCCAAAGCAUUAUAAGAGGCAAAGAAGUAGGAGUUCUUCAUUGUCUCCCAUUCAUAAACCAUCUAGCCCAAGUCUUGGGUCAAUUGAGGGCAAAACUACUAGUGAGAAAUUGAAAAAAGAAGAGGAAGAGAGGAAAAGGCGUCAACAGGAAGCAGAAUUGAAACUAAUAGAAGAAGAAACUGCUAAGAGAGUGGAAGAAGCAAUUCAGGAAACAGUUGAAGAGAGAUUGAACUCGGAUGAAAUCAAGCAGGAAAUUCAGAAAUGGCUUGAGGAAGGACGCAGGAGACUUAACGAUGAAGUUGCUGCUCAACUUGAAAAAGAAAAGGAAGCUGCUGUUCCUGAGGCCAGGCGACAAAAAGAGGAGCAAGCUAGACAAGAGAAAGAAGAGUUAGAGAAGAUGCUUGAAGAGAACCGAAAGCGGGUAGAAGAAGCUCAAAGAAGAGAAGCACUGGAGCAGCAACCGGGAGAGGAGGAGCGAUAUCGGGAACUAGAGGAGCUUCAAAGACAAAAGGAAGAGGCCAUGAAGAGGAAAAAACAACUGGAGGAGGAAGAACGAUUAAAUCAAAUGAAAUUAUUGGGAAAGAACAAAUUGCGACCCAAGUUGUCAUUUGCCCUUGGCUCAAAGUGAUUAAUUUGGAGAAGUUGGUCUUAGUUGUAAUAUUUUUCGGAAUUUGUUAGUGUGGUGCCUUUUAAAAGUAGAGAAA